AUCUCACCAACAGGACUUUUACAGUAAUGAUUCAUGACUUCUCCUCUACAACUACUCCCCUCUCUUCUGGUGUGCCCCAGGGUUCCAUCCUUGGGCAUACCUUAUUUUCACUAUACAUGCUACCAUUGGGUCCAAUCAUCUCCAGACACUAUCCAUUUUCAUUUUUAUGCCGAUGACGUACAGCUCUACCUACCAGUAAUGCUCAGUGACAAGAAGGCACUAGAUCCCCUCCAUAGCUGCCUUCAUGACAUCAGACAAUGGCUGUCUCAGAAUUUCCUUCAUUUAAAUGAAGGCAAAACGGAGUACAUUGUUUUUACCCCUGAUUCACCACACAGUGAAAUCAAUUUUGACGCCUCCACCCCUCCUUUUGCUCCCGCCGUUAAUAACCUUGGUGUGUUUUUAGACAACAGUCUAAAGUUCGAUAAGCAAAUUAGUUCUGUGGUCAGAGCAAGUUUUUUCCACCUCAGGCUCCUAGCAAAGGUAAAGCCCUUUUUGUCCAGUACACAUCUCGAAAAAGCGAUCCAUGCCUUCAUCAGCUCCAGGCUGGAUUAUUGUAAUGCCCUCUACACUGGAGUAAAUCAGUCCCUCCUCCGCAGGCUCCAGUUGGUGCAAAACGCAGCUGCUGGCCUUCUUACUAAUACCCCAAAAUACUCCCAUAUCACUCCAGUUCUCCGUUCUCUCCAUUGGCUCCCGGUACAAUCUAGAAUACAUUUUAAAGUCCUUUUAUUUGCGUUCAAGGCCAUUCAUGGACUUGCUCCAGCAUACUUGGCUGAGCUUUUAACUGUCCGUCACCACUCCAGGGCCCUGCGCUCUUCUCAACACACAACAUUAGAAGUCCCAAGGAUGAAAUACAAAAAAUGGGGGGAUCGUGCUUUUGCUGCGUUUGCCCCCACACUUUGGAACUCCCUUCCACCUGCGCUACGAUCUACUACAGAGUUGUCAGCUUUUAAAUCUCUUUUAAAAACUCAUUUAUUCAGACUGGCUUAUGACACAUGAUGGUUAUAUGCACUUUAGUUGUGAUUCUGUGCCUGUAUUUUUAUUUUAUUGUAUUGUUUUAGGUGUUUUUAUUCCCACUCGAUUUCACCCUGCUCUCAUUUGCUAUUGCAUAUUUUUUACUUUUGUGAAGCACCUUGGGCACCAUUGGGAUGUUGUAAGGUGCUAUAUACUGUAAAUAAACUUUGAUUUGAUUUGAUUUGACUUUGAUGUGUUAGCACCGCGGGCGAGGGCCGUGUUGGCUUCCUCGUUGGCGGUGAGCAGCUCCCAUACGGCCGCGCUGUUGUCACCAUUGUUGGUCCAUGAAUGACUCACGUCGAGGGUCGCCAAAUGCGAAGACGGCGUUCAGAAUGAGACAGCUGAGGAUAAGCGGUAAACCGAUAAACCGUCCACUCGACACGGAACAAGCAACAACCGCUUUGCAACGGUUGCUACAAUAAUCACAUGAGCAGGAAAGGGAUGUGUUUUAACGAUAUUGUGGGUCACCACAAGCAAAUGAAUCAAAACUCAGCACACACACAAAACUGUUGACAUACACUUUCAGCAUGUGGUGAAAUAAACACGUAACAUGAGUUCUUUUUUCUUGAAUUAUGUUGACUUUCUUGGACCACUUUGUGAUAUUGGUAUUACAUGAUCAACUGCAUUCUAUUUAGAAACAAUUCAGUUAUUUUUUAUGCCAAUAAGAUUCAUGCCUUACUACAUUGUUCAAAAACUAAAUUGUUUCCUUUUUAAUAGAUACAUUCUAGUGUGCCUAUAGCGGCCACUAACGGGAAAUGGCAAAAGUGGCCGCUAUAGGCAGGUGGCUGUUAUAGACAGGUUGGUGGCCAUUUUGAAUGUUGACCAGUAAAGGGCACUGUGGGACAGCGGAUAACCCACUGAUCUGUAUUAUAUAUCUGGAUAGAUCAUACGUCGCACCCGCCCGUGCAAGCCGCUGAAGCCAAAGAGACGCCAUCUUACCACUCACAUGUCGACUACAUGGGCACAGCGUACAUAGUGUACAAAGCAGAUGAAGAGGCUA